AUGUCUGAAAGUCGUAAAAAGUUGAAUUAUAGAGAAAAGUCGUCGAUACACUUCGUCAACAACGACGAUCCUCCAUUCAUAAAAAAUUUGAAGCAGAAAGUCGGUUAUAAAGCACCCGCGACCGUUGAAGAUAAGUUUGCUUCAACCACAACCUCUGGCUAUAUAGAGGAUGACAAGGAUGAAGAUGAUCUCUCGGUAUUGAAGGAAGAAGAUCGGCCGCAGAUUGUGGUACUGGAUACAGAAAGCGAUCUCGAUGAAAAGCAAGUUGCUGAUGAACUGAAGAAACAGGAGAAGGAGAAAGAUCAACAGCUGAUAUCCGAGGGGAAAAUUUUAUUCAGAAAGCCACAAAAACGGGGUGCUCCCACAAAAAAUGAUGAAAAAGCGGGAGGAAAUCAUGAGGUGGCUGUAAAAAAAUCUCUACAAGAUAGACGACUUCUUUCGUUUGGUGACGCUGAUGAGGAUGAAGAUGAUGGCUGA